CACAAGUGCCGCCCGUCGUGAGCCACAGCUGUGAGUAUAGAGAAUAUGUCUCGUCCACUUAACGAAUCAGACUUGAUAUUCCCCACGCAGUCUCUUUCUAUCUCCGGGACACUGAAUUCUCUGAAGCGAUCGGCGCUGUCCACUCAUAACCGUCUCUCAUCCAUACAAUUUGAUGCGAACUUUGUCGCAUCAGUAUCCGAAUCCUAUGGUCUCCCGCUUGUGGCAAAUGAGCGGUGCGGAAGCUGGUACAUACCUCCUGCGAGAAAAGCUGAGAGCGUGUAUUUUAAGAGCACGGAUGGGCACACGAACGAGUGGAAGUUCAGUGUCAGGAGACUGAACUUGCAGCUGCUUGAUUUGGUCGGCAGAGAGGGCGGGUGCGUCAUCGUAGACUCCACACGCCGUGGAAAGAGCAUGCCGGAUGCGCUCUCGAAAACGGUUCCUGUCUGGUGCUGCGUGAUGAACCGCGUGCUCUUCUCAGAAGAGGGAGUCCAUGAGCUACACACAGCACCUCAAGCAGUGUCCCAGUCAGAGCAUGCACAGAUUGAGAGGCGGAUAGAUGGGUUUGUCCGCGAGUUCCUGGAUAUAUGUAAACCAGAUGUCGAACUCUUGCGGAGCACGAUCGGGAAAGCAAUGCGGCCAAUUUGGGUGACGCAGACUUCGAGUAUACCGGAGACACCGCCUAUUUUCCCGGAUUUUCAUCCGAUAGUGCUAUGCACUGCAUCACGACGUGUGAACGGCGCUGAGGGGUCCGAAGGCGGGUACAUCCAGGGCGCUGCCGAUGAUCACGAAGCCUGGUCUCAGGGCCUCACGCCGACACUCUUCUGGAGCCACGGAGAGCAAUUGCUCAACACAAACGAAGAAGACCUUCCAGACCUUAUUAAGAGACUUGUCGAAGGUGAAGCGACUUCCGACGCGGCACCUAUUCUCAUUAAGCCAACGUCCAACUUGUACAUCUCCACUACCCAGAACCUAAAUACCACGCCGUUCGACGUGGUCGUUAGCUGCGGCCCCGAACCACUUCCAGGACUGACAUCAGGAUCGAAAACAAGGUAUCUCCACCUCAAAUGUCAAACCGGCAAGCUCGGCUCGCGUGACCUCCGCACACAGCUCAAGCGCCUGCCCAUCCUAGAAACCUGGCUCCCGCCUGAGCCAACCACCAUCGACAAGAAAAUCCUCAUCUGCGAUCCCACAGGCAAAGACCUCGCCGUCGGUACCGCCCUCGCCAUCCUUUGCACGUACGCCGACGCCUCCGGCGCACUCACCUUCGUCCCAAACACGCACGCCAGAAUCGACAAGAAGACCAUCAAGCAGCGGCUCGCAUGGCUCGCGACCACGCAUCCGACGCUUAACCCCCCGCGAGCAACACUGCAGUCCGUCAACGCGUGGCUCAUGCCGAAUCCCUCCGAGGCCGCAGCAUACGCCUCGCCCUCUCCGCCAAACACAUCAGCACCACCAAGCAAACUAACUGCUGCCUCUCUCUUCACAGCCCUCCACGCCUCCUCCCCCUGGACUUUCACCCGAACCCUCACCUCCGCUCUGCCCACCCACCCCUCCGGUACCGUCACCGGCACAGCAACGUUCACGCCCCUACCGUCUUCCCGGCCUGCACUGCUCUACGCCGAGGAGGGAGAGUUCACGACCACGACGGGCAUGACGUUUACCACCCGCAUGAAGUACGUUUACGUGCUGCGCGGGGAGUUGGACGAGAGGCUGGAGCGGGUGCCAGAGGCGGAGUGGAUUGCGGUGCAUUUUUGGGCGGAGAAGGCGGGGGAUGAGGAGGCGGAUGCUGAUGGGGUAGGGGGACUGUUUGUGGAAAUGGCUUUGCAGGAGGGUGCUGAGGUAGCUGGUGAGGUGGCGAGGAUAAGGAAUAGGGAGCAGCAUCUUUGUGGAAGGGAUUUGUAUGCUGCGAUUUGGGAGGUGCCCGUGGGCGGGGAUGGGGUGGGUUGGUGGAAGGUCAGGUAUGAUGUCAAGGGGCCGAAGAAGGAGUAUGUGAGUGAGACGAGGUACAGUGCCGGGACGGGGGUUUGAGUACAGUUUGCCUGCCUGUGUCUGGCUUAGCAUGGAGUGACACAAUGUACUCCAAGUUCUGUCUGGCUAAGGGGUUUUGAGAAAAGUUUCUGUAUCAAUAGUUGGGUUGGUGAUGCCCAAAUUUCGAUGGCAGCGCAAGAUAGCUAAAGAACAUC